AUGUCCAUGCCAGGUGCCUUCUCCCCCGAUAUGCCACCCUUUGAACCAGACUCGAAGAAGGACGAUACCUCGCCUGCCGUCGACAACCCUCCGCCUCUCCGUCUCAACCAACCCUCCGACGCCUUCUCCCUCCAAACAAACGACCCCUACUACGAUGAUAUCGCCACCGCCUCGUCUUCGAACGCCGGCGACUUGCCCCCAUCCUACACAGACGAACCGUCCUCGCUCGACCCAAAACAACGUAAAACUACCAUCGUGACCCCGCUCCUGGCAGACGAGUCUGGCCUCUCCCCGCUCCUUUUCCGAAGGGACCCCGAGACCGGUGCCGAAAUCCACUGCUCGCGCCGCCUCGACACCGACCCGGCCUUUCUCGAAUCCCACAUCACCUCUCUUGCUCAGUCGCCACCAAGGCCCUACCUUCGCGUUCGAGGCACCCAUACUGAGAGCAUCCGCAAGCGCGACGACAAGACGGAGAGCAAGACCGUCGUCGACUUUGACGUCCGUCUCGAUCUCACCCCCUUUCUCUACCGUGAUAUUGCCGCCCGACGCUCAUGGCGCGAGCUCCGCACCGCCGACAACUUCCAAAAGGUUCGCCGCGGUACCGUCUUUCCCACCCGCGCCCCGGGCUUCGGCGGCAGGUCUUCGGGUGCUCAUGGCGGCGCCGCUGGUGAGGGGGUGAGCAAGGAGCCGCCCACUCUGCGGGAGUGGUGCCAUCGCUAUUGCGCCUCGCAUGCAGGGCUCAAGACGUUUUCGCUCCUACGCACCGUGCCGGGAUUCGACGAUGACGAGCGCCUCAAAUCCCGCCUCGAGGACCUCGUCCGCGCGACAAACUACCGGGGCCACAUUGACGUCUCCUUCCCCGUCCAGGACGCCAGAGUCGAUAUCUACAGCACGUGCCGCGUGAAUCGCUGGCGCCACACCACCUGGGUGCGCUGGCUCUUCUAUCUGACCUUCCUCUGGAUCUUUGCGUGGCCGUACCUCUUCUUCCGCACCAAGCGCUUCGAGGUCGUCGAGGCCGAGUGGCCCUUUUCCAGGCGCCGAAGAGAUCCCCAGACCGGAAGGGCAACGGGUGGCAGGGAGUACGUCAGCCUGUCGGAGCUUGACCUGUACAACAUGUGGGGGCGGGCCAUCUCCAAGGCCGUGCUGCAGAGGAGGCAGGGCGAGCUGGAUCAGCGCGACCUGCGGGAUGCUGAAGGGAGGCAGGAUACAAGCUUUGAGGACGUUCUCGCGGGGAUUGACCAAGAGACGACGAGGGGGCUCGUGAGGGCCGGCGUGAGCGCGAUGAACGCUGUGAAUCGGCACUAUGGGUGGGGAGAUGAUCGUUGA